CCCCAAUCGCCAACGUAACCAAAUAAACAAAAAAAUCAUUCGAAAAUUUUCUGACACAAAUCCUCCCAAACCCAAAAAUUGUGAGUAAUGAAGCAAACCUCCGGCCAACAGUAAGUAAGAAAAUGGCACUUCGUAUAAUCGGGCAGCUCCUCAAGUCCCCCCGCUGCCUCCUGGUGCGCAGCUACACCUCGGGAGGGGUGGGCUGCGGUCAACAGAACAAAGACGACGACCCUUGCAAGGCCCACCUCAACAAAGGCCUCGUCUUGGGCAUCUACACCAACCCGGACGACCCCCUCGACCCCGGGAAACUCACCCCCACCGGCGAACGCUACAACCGCCUCGUCUGCAACCGCCUCAUUGACCUCUUGCGCUAUGCGGGACCCCCACCCACCAAGGGCAAAGUCCGGAUUUUCUACAACCUGGAGAAUGAGAUAAGUUCGGUGGCGGUCGUCGGACUCGGCAAGGAGUGUCAAGGGUACGACGUCUUCGAGCAAAUGGACGAGGGGAAGGAGUCGAUUCGGGUGGCGGCGGCAGCGGGCUGUCGCGCCCUCCAGGACCUUCGAGCGACGAAAAUCUUCGUCGAGAGCUUCGGCCAUGCGGAGAGCUCGGCUGAGGGGGCGGCGCUCGGGGUGUGGCUCUUCCAGGAGAAGAAGAAGAAAGAGCACCAAUUGCUGAUCCCCCAGCUGGAAUUGUGGGACGACUGCGAUUGGACCGGCUGGCAAAUCGGCUUGCAGAAAGCCGCCGCCCAGAAUCUAGCGAGACAGUUGAUGGACACCUCAGCCAAUUACAUGACUCCGACCUCAUUUGCGCAAAACGCAGUCGAGGUUUUGUGCAAAUCGGGCGUCAACGUUGAGGUUAAAGUCCGCGGGUGGGCGGAGACUCAGAAAAUGUUUGCGUUUUUGGCCGUCGCCCAAGGAUCCUGCGAACCGCCCAUUUUCCUCGAGUUGAGUUACUACGGGGCGGCGCGUGAUGAACGCCCCGUCGUCCUCAUUGGCAAAGGCAUAACCUACAACAGUGGCGGGUUGUGUAUCAAACCCUGCGGCAAACAGGAGAAAAUGAGAGGGGAUAUGGGCGGGGCGGCUUGCGUAGUCGCCGCCUGUCGGGCGGUGGCCGGCCUUCAGCUCCCCCUCAACAUCCGGGCGCUCAUCCCCCUUUGCGAGAACAUGCCAGGGUGCGCUGCCAUGCGGCCCGGGGACAUCGUCAAGGCCAUGAAUGGCAAAAGCAUCAAAAUCGAGUCGACGGACACCGCAGGUCGGCUGUGUCUAGCCGACGCCCUUGUCUACGCCCAGAAUUUCUGGCCACGCCUCAUUGUGGACGUGGGAACUAUGACUAGCGACAUGAAGAAGUCGCUGGGGAAGGCCGCGAGUGGCGUUUUUAGCAACUCGGAGGCGUUGUGGGAGUACAUGUUGGCGGCGUCGAUGCACACAGGGGAUAGAGUCUGGAGGUUCCCUCUGUGGGAGCAUUUCACGCAUUUGGUGGCGAGGCACCACUCAGCCGUUGAUGUUAAAACCUACGGGAGAGGGUUCAAGCCGAAAGAUGGUGAGGCGUGCCGAGUGGCGGCGUUUUUGAAUGAGUUUGUGCCGUGUGGGGAUUGGUUACAUAUGGAUACGUAUGGAGUGAUGUAUAGCAACGGAUUGGAUUACCCCUAUUUGAGGCAGGGCAUGAGUGGAAGGCCCACGAGGACGCUUGUGGAAUUCUUAUCGCAACUUGUUUGCAACCGUGAAUAAAUUAAAUUUGAAUGUACUAGAAUUACUCAAACAUUUUUGUUUUUUAUUUUGUAUGAAGAGCUUCAACUCACCUGUAAUGUAAUUUGCAAUAAACAAUCAAAGAUA